AACAUUCUCAUCCACAACGACGACAAACCCUCGGUUCUUCAGCUCUCUUAACCAUCCCAAGACAUAGAACAUCUACUGAAUCCUACAUCCCUUCACUCCUUCUACCAUGUCUGCGGUUCCGAAAAUCCAACUGACCUCCUCCGAUGGCGCCGUCAUCGAAGUCGAUCGCCCCGUCGCCGAACGCUCCGUUCUCAUCAAGCACCUGCUUGAGGACCUGCCCGAGGAGUCCACCACCGAGGCGAUCCCUGUGCCAAACGUCAACGAGGCGGUCUUGAGGAAAGUCCUCGAGUGGUGCGAGCAGCACAAGAAGGACCCUCCGCCAAGCAACGACGAGGACUCCGAGUCGCGCAAGAAGUGCACCGACAUCGACGAGUGGGAUCAGAAGUUCAUGCAGGUGGACCAGGAGAUGUUGUUCGAGAUCAUCCUCGCGGCCAACUACCUCGAUAUCAAGGCGCUCCUCGACGUCGGGUGCAAGACCGUCGCGAACAUGAUCAAGGGGAAGACCCCCGAGGAGAUUCGCAAGACGUUCAACAUCCAGAAUGAUUUUACCCCCGAAGAAGAGGACCAGAUCCGUCGGGAGAACGAGUGGGCCGAGGACCGCUAAUCUAUCUCCAUUCCAUACGUGCUUCCUCCUGAACGGUGGGACUCAAGUACACGAGACGGCACCCCGGUUCACCGGGGACGGAACGGAUCAUUUCAUUGCGGGCGUUCGGACGGCUGCUCAGA